AUGGAGGGCCUAGAUGAUGCUGCACACUUCCUUGAUGAUGUCAUCCGUGCUGCAGAGGGAGCUAAUGUGUACAAUGAUUUAGUGAAGUACCUUCUGAUGGUUGAUGACUUGGAAGAAGUCAGUGAAUACUACCAGAAUAGAGGAUGCUUCAGUGAACUUAUUGCUCUGAUGGAGAGUGGUCUUGGACUUGAACCAGCACUGGAAAGAACUUAUGAAUUUGACAAUGCUGCCACCACAAUUAUGAACCACUCUCCAGAUGCGUGGGAUCAUAUGCAGUUCAAAGAUGUCUGCGUUAAAGUUGCAAAUGUUGAGCUAUAUUACAAGGCAGUUCACUUCUAUUUGCAAGAGCAUCCUAAUCUCAUCAAUGAUAUGCUAAAUGUGCUUGCACUUCGUUUAGAUCAUACCAGAGUAGUAGACAUAAUGCGUAAGCCUUGGAUGAGCUCUAUGUCUAAGAGGAAGACUAUGAGAAACUCCGUACGUGACAACUUUGACAAGAUCAUAGGUCUUGGCCAGAAGCUUGAGAAGCAUGAAUUGCUGGAGAUGUGGAGGAUGGCCGCCUACAUUUACAAGAAGGCUGGCAGGUGGAAGCAAUCCAUUGCUCUAUCCAAGAAAGACAACAUGUACAAGGAUUGCAUGGAGACAUGCUCACAAUCUGGUGACCGUGAACUGUCAGAGGACUUGCUUGUCUAUUUCAUCGAGCAGGGUAAGAAAGAAUGCUUUGCUUCCUGCCUCUUAAUUUGCUACGACUUGAUCUGGCCGGAUGUCGCUCUUGAGCUUGCUUGGAUGAACAACAUGUUGGCCUUUGCCUUCCCAUACCUGUUGCAGUUUAUCCGUGAAUACACUAGCAAGGUGGAUGAUUUAGUGAAGGACAAAAUUGAGUCGCAGAAUGAAGAAAGAGCCAAAGAGAAGGAGGAGAAAGAUCUUGUGGCUCAGCAGAACAUGUAUGCGCAACUGCUUCCCCUUGCGUUGCCCGCUCCGCCAAUGCCUGGCAUGGGUGGUCCUCCACCUCCGAUGGGUGGGAUGGGCAUGCCUCCAAUGGGUGGAAUGGGUAUGCCGCCGAUGGGCCCUGGUCCGAUGCCAGCAUUUGGGAUGCCACCGAUGGGAAGCUACUGA